AUGAGACAAAUUUAGUUAAAAUGUUCAGCCAUUCAAGCCAACAUACAGAGGUAAACAAUUAAGUUCAUUUUGUCAAGAUAUAUCAACCAUAUAUUACUAGAAAACAUAGAUAUUAACUGAAGAAAAACUGAAGUUUAUAACGCUACAGGUGAGUGAGUGCAGCGGCAGGACGCGACCAGCUGCAGACUUGCUGAUCGGCCUCUGGCUGGAGGAACCCUACACAAAACUAUUUUGCGAGGAGGGGAGCAGCCAGUUGUUCAGAAAUGUCAGGAAUGUUGUUCGCUGUAUCACUGCCCUUACUGUGGGCCAGAGAUGUUCAAACCCACCAUCAAAAGCAAGUGUCUGAAACAUUUACAAGGACAUAGACGAAGAGCAAUACGACACAAAGAGUUCUUUAUUUUCAAAUGUCACUUAAACUGCAGAAGUGCUCCACACUUUCACUGUGUCAGCUGCACGUCCACCUUUAUGAGGAAAGAUGGGUUUUUAAAACAUCUGGCAAUGUGUGAAAACAAAACUCCUAAAAUAAUGGUCAUAGAGGUCAAAUCUGAGGAGAGUUAUCCUACAUCAGAGCCUGUCACAACAGUUUCCCCUGCAGCCACAGCUAGCAUUGCUGAAGAGAUGCCUGUCGAGCAAAGAUGCAAGAGUCUAAUUACCGGUGACACUCAGGACAUCUGGAAAAGAAAAGGAAGUCUUGGGGAACACUUGUACACUAAAAAUUUUACAGAUGAAGACACAGUAGGCCUGAGACCCACAGAGGAGUCAGCAAACAUGGGGCCCACAGGUGAAGGAGGUAUUGUGGCUGAGCAGGUGAGCACAGGCAAGGUCCUUGUGGAAGAAGAAAAUCCCUUAGUCCACUCAGUGGUAGAUCUCAGUGUUUCUGUUGGAGAUCACAGUGCAUCGAUCUCUUCUGUGAACCCUCACUCAACAGAGACCGAUGUUGCCAUACAGACUUUAGUAAAUGAGAUCUUCUUGGGACACACACCUGUUGAAUGCAACACCCUACAAAGGCCCAGGUCCGAAGCACAAGAUCUGUGUCCUUUCUGUGGUUUAAUGCUUAAUAGGAAAAAUUUGCAGGUACAUUUAAGACGGAAACAUCCAGAGGAAGUGUCAAGCCAAGAAAACCCUGCCCUUGCUCAGUUUAAAACCACGAAACAACAGAGACUCCCCCUGCGGCAACAACAGAAGAUUGCAAUGGAGAGUGAGAUCAGAGAUGUGUUCAGACACUGUAUCAAGUUUCCUGUACCUAUUUCUGCCUCUCUGGUCACUGAUGACCUGCUGGACAGUACUAGUGAAAAGCGAUGUAUUACCAUAUUAACCCGCUGGAGUCAGUGUGAUUUGGAGAGGGGUCGGAAGCUGGGUUUUGCUCAGAGAUGGACUCUACUGUGUAAACGUAACACAAUAGAGCAUGUGUUACCAUCUGGGACCAGCACACAAAUACAUGGAGAGUUACUUAGCUGUCAAUCACCUUUCGGGACGUCUAGAGCUGUCAUCAGGGAGGAGGCGGGGCAUCAGCACUUAGAGGUAUGGGGCCAAAAUGGUCUGGAGAAAAUCUUGGACCUCACAGCUCAGAAUAAACAUGGAAAAGUUUAUGAAGAUGAACAGUUUGCGUGUCUAGCCUGGUCACCUUGUGAAAAAAAGUUGCUCUAUGUGGCUGAGAAGAAGAGGGUGGAGUCAUCAGCGCAAUCAUCAUUUGCAUCAGCCAAUGAGGAUGGAGGAGUAGUGUUGCUUGAGGAACAGGAUAAAAACGUUUACGUUGAAGACUGGGGAGAGGGACUUGUGGGUAAAAGCUGUCCAGUAUUGUGUGUAGCUGAUCUUAAUAAAGGGGCUGUCAUUGUAUAUGCUGGUGUCCCUCCUCAUAUAUCACCAGGACAGGCUCUGUGGGCACCUAAUGGAAGGGGCAUUGUUUUUGUGGGCCAAUGGAAUGAACCGUUCAGACUGGGACUCAAGUUCUGUUCCAAUCGUAGAUCUGGUCUUUACUACAUGGAUAUGAAGGGGAACUGUGAGUGUUUGUCAUCUGAAGGCGUUUCUGUGUCAAGCCCUCGAAUGAGUCCAGACUUGCACUGGAUCGUUUACUUACAGGGCCAAAUAUUUGGACCACAUCGUCAGUGCCUGAGCAUGAUGCUGUAUGAUGUGAAGAACAGAACCACAUCAGUUUUGGUUGAUGUGGUCAGGAGAGCCGAAAAAGGUCAGUUUGCUGGUAUAUAUGAAUCCUUGCCGUCUCAGUGCUGGACUGCAGACAGUGAGAGGAUCUACUUCAACAGUGCCUGUGAAAACAAUAAGGCUGUGUUCUCAGUGGACAGGAGCACAGGAAGAAUCGCACAAGUGUGUGGACUGGAUUCUCUUAGACUAGAUAAUUUUGGAAGUGUGCAGCUGUUGACAAUACAGAAAGAUGUGAUGGUGAUGAGAUGCUCGUCUCCGAAUCAGCCUCCUUGCCUGAAAGUCGCCUUUCUUUCACCGGUAGAUCUGAACAUGCACUUUUCCAAUUUGGGUGGAGCAGAUGUGUAUGAAGGAUUUGAUUGGCAGCCUAUGUUGAUCACGCCCCCUUCCCAGGAGGAGAAUCAUCAGUUUUCUGGUUUGAAUUUUGGAGCAAUUUUAUUGAAGCCCUAUAGCACCCCUGAGAGAAGGAAAUCUCCUCUGGUGGUGAAUAUACAUGGUGGUCCUCACAGUCAUUUUGCUGCAGAGUGGAACGCCACAGCAGCUGCUUUAACCGAACUGGGCUUUGCCGUUCUAAUGGUUAACUAUAGAGGUUCCACUGGAUUUGGUCAGGACAGCAUAGAGUCUCUCCUUGGAAAUGUCGGCAGUCAGGAUGUCGAAGAUGUUCAGAGAGCCGUGCUGUGCGCUUUGCAGAAUGAGAGCACUCUUGAUCCUGAUAGGGUGGUUGUGAUGGGCGGCUCUCAUGGAGGCUUUUUGGCAUGCCACAUGAUUGGUCAAUAUCCAGAUUUCUACCGAGCAUGUGCUGCAAGGAACCCUGUCAUCAAUGCUGCCACACUUCUCGGAACCAGUGACAUUGUAGACUGGAGAUAUUCCUCUGUCGGGAUUAAGUAUGCAUUUGACCGGCUGCCCACACCACAGUCCCUCACUACUAUGCUUGAGAAAUCCCCUAUAAUACAUGCUGCACAGAUUCGUGCUCCUGUGUUGUUAAUGUUGGGUGGCAGAGACAGGAGAGUAUCACCUCACCAGGGUCUGGAGCUCUACCGAGCACUAAAGAGCAGGAAUAUACCUAUCAGGUUAUUGUGGUACAGUGAUGAGGGUCACUCGCUGUCUAAAGUCAACACUCAGUCUGACUGCUUCUUCAACAUCAUUUUGUGGUUCAGAGAACAUUUAAACUGAGUACACAACAACAUUUCUUGGACGCUUAUAUCAAAAUAGUGAAAACAAAUGUUUCUGUCUGCACUCACUGUGUUGCCAAAGCUAAAUGUCUGUAAAUGUUACAGUCAAGUGACAGAAUAUUUAAUAGUUACUGACCACUAGGUGGCAGACCGGUCAAUGUUAAAUAUUCCACAAAAUAAGGAGGCAGAUGCCAAAGGCUGGAAUCAUUAUAUUUAAAAAACUGAGCUUGGGUAUUGUGAUAUUGAAUAUCUGUCUUGUUAAAAGUCAUUUACACUUUUCUUAGAGCUCACUAUUUUUAAUGGACAGUGUUUUAGGUUAGUUCUAUUUAGCCUUUAAAAUAAAAAAUAAAUAUUGUUUACAUAACACAUAAUACUUGAACAUUUAAAAUUAAAAGUGAAUAAAGUUCCUAACAUGUAAAUGUAGAGAUAUUUAACAUUCCAAAGUUAAUCCAAAUGAACCAAAAUGUUUAUAACAAGAACACGAUUUCAUACAGGUUCCAGCAUGCUAUUGUUUGUAAGCCUAAAUCUUUGUAAAAUCUCUAAGGAAAGUCCUUUCUGUCAUAGAUGUUUUUAUUUUUCAUAGUUUCGUAACAUUUUGGUCCUACAAAGACCUAAACCCAAAAUUACCUUUGACAGGUUUAUUUAAAUCUUCUGGUUAUGUCAUGAACUCUGUCAAGAAUUAUAAAUGCUUGUUAUAUUACUAAA